AUGCCAUCUCCCAAUGCCUCUCCACUGCCCAAAGACCUUGAUGGAGGUUCCACGAGCGAGAAUGGUGAGCAAGUUGUUACGGUAUUUGAUUUGGCCACGGAGAUAGAACAGUCUUUGAAGAAAGUCCUCUCAGAGGUUCAGGAAAUUGAUAAAGAGUUUCAAAAGCAAUUCGAAGCUAUUGACAGACGCCUCAAAAGUUUUGAAAAGUAA